CCCAAUUUUCUUGGGAGGGUUCAGCUCAGCUCACAUUCUAAAAUUUCCCAAAAGAAGUUGGCGGCGGGUGGAGGGAGAGAGAAAGAGAGCGGCGAUGGAGAAGAGAGCGAAGAAGCCGAUACAUCUCUUCUACUGCGCGGAGUGCGAAGAGCUCGCGAGGAAGGUUGCGGAGCAAUCCGACGCCAUUCAGCUCCAAUCCAUCUCUUGGAGAAGCUUUGAUGAUGGAUUCCCAAAUCUCUUUAUCAAGAAUGCACAUGAUAUUAGAGGGCAGCACGUUGCUUUUUUAGCUUCUUUCAGUUCUCCUGGAGUAAUUUUUGAGCAGAUUUCUGCAAUAUUUGCAUUGCCAAAACUCUUCAUUGCCUCCUUUACAUUGGUUUUACCAUUCUUCCCAACUGGUUCUUUCGAACGUGUGGAAGAAGAAGGAGAUGUGGCUACUGCAUUUACAAUGGCACGCAUAUUGUCAAUGAUCCCUAAAUCUAGGGGCGGUCCAACCAGUGUGGUCAUCUAUGACAUACAUGCUCUGCAGGAAAGAUUCUACUUUGGGGAUGAUGUCUUGCCUUGCUUUGAAAGUGGUAUACCUCUGUUGUUGCAACGUCUUCGCCAGCUUCCUGAUGCCGAUAAUGUAACAAUAGCAUUCCCAGAUGAUGGUGCAUGGAAGCGUUUUCACAAGCAACUGCUAAAUUUUCCUAUGGUUGUUUGUGCAAAAGUUCGUGAAGGUGAUAAGAGGAUAGUUCGAAUUAAGGAAGGCAACCCUGAGGGUCGGCAUGUCGUAAUUGUUGACGACUUGGUGCAGUCUGGAGGCACUCUUAUUGAAUGUCAGAAAGUUUUGGCUACUCAUGGUGCUGCAAAAGUUAGUGCAUAUGUCACCCAUGGUGUCUUUCCCAAGCAAUCAUGGGAGCGAUUCCUGCAGAAUGGUUCUGAGGGGUCGCCAAACAAUUUUACUUACUUCUGGAUAACAGACUCCUGCCCACUUACUGUCAAGACCAUAGCAAAUAGCGCUCCAUUUGAGGUGCUCAGCCUUGCUGGAUCCAUUGCAGAUGCUCUUCAAAUCUAAUACUGCAAUAAAGACUGGUAUUGGAAUGGAGAUGAACUUUGCAGAUACUAUCCUAAUAUUUGUAAAAACUCAUUAGGACUCGUGUUACCAUGGAGAUAAGCUGAUUCAAUUUUGGAAGCACCAAAAGAUGAUCUGAGAGAAAAUCAUGGGCUUGUAGUGCCCUCUACUGAGCUUUUUUUUCCUUCCUUUUUGUUUACUUUUUUUUUUUUUGGGUAAUGGUACACGGGAUGUCCUUUUGUUCGUAUUUAACUAUUGAUUAGCUGCAAGAAUGACUAGCUGCCCUCAAAUUGUUCAAUAUAUCUAUGCGUCACAGACAGCUCAUGAAAAGUUCUAUAUAGUCCAUAUUCAAAAA